CGGCAGAGAAGACGACUUAGUCUUUAUAAAACGACUGUCGGCGCUCUGCUUCAGAAGUGAGCUCUGCGCGAACGAGAAGCGUCCUGCAUCUAGGAUGUCUUUUAGUUGUAGUUGUACCUGUGAAUGCUAUGACUGUACUGUAAGUGGUGUGGACUCCGGUAACAAUUAUUAUGAGCUUCUGCCGCAUGUGGCCUCUAAUUCCUAUUACUUUGAAAUUCUCAGGGCCGUGAAGUCCAAACUUGUUUCUUCGUUCUGUUGCAUGUGUUUUCUAUUCCCUCGCUGAACUGUCAUUGAAAAAGAGGCCCAGCACUAGAACCUGAACGUUCUAUGAGUUUGAUCGAAGUAGAGUUUAUGCAGAUGCUUGUUAUAAGACAAUACGGUGUCACCUAGACAGGGAGAAAUCCACAACCAAGCGACCUAUCCAGGUGGAAAAAAUAACCGCGCCCCGAUCGGCGACGGAAGAAAGACGUCUAAAACAUGGCGGAUAUGGAAGGCACAGACGAUCAGCGGAGUGUAUCUGCAGUUGAAGAUCAUUCACCAUCGCCAUCGCCCGCUGCCGUCAGUAACUCACCAACGGUGCAAGAGGCCACAGGAACAGGUGAUAUCGGUAACGUUGGUGCAGUGCGGAGUCCUAGGUAUCCCGAUCGGGAUGUCCUAUCGAUUGAGCAUGGGGCUCCAGCAAGGGCAGCAUCCGGCGACGAGAAUGGAGGUGCGGAUAGCAGCUCAACGAAUAACGCGGAAAACCGAUCGCCCAGCCUGCAGAUUGCCAUGCACCGAGUCUGGUCUGGCUGCAGACGCGCAUCUCAGAAUGCUCGCCUGGAAAAUAUGGAGGCAGAAUCACGCAACGUUUUGGACAACAAUGACCGUGUGCCCUGGGUAAUUCCAGCGCAUUUCCCCAACACGUGCUACACGGAGAAAUUUGGCUACGUAUGUGGCAUUCUCGGCGGCCUUCUGCUGUUUAUUGGCUGCAUUGGAGGUGUCGUCGUGCUGAAAGUGGAUGCAACAAAUAUGAACGGAACAUUUGCAGUUGUUGCACUCAUUGUUCUCGGUGCACUUGUGACUCUGUUCCUGGCCUUUCUCCAGUGCCACGGCCGUUGCUGGAUCAGCCGGCGUGAGUUCUACAAUCACCAUCAGCUAUUGCUCGCUCUUCACACAAGGCGUGAAUCAGCCUCCACUGUGAUGGCCAACGUUGCUAUGUCUCGCGUUCCGCCGUCGUACCACUCGUGUGUGGAGCCCGUGAUGGAACCGGAGGAGAUCCUUGGCAAGCCGCCGUCCUAUCGCAAAGUGGUACUGGGUAACGCAUCUCGCACCACCGCCGACCACCUGGCCGUGGCCCGGAUGUUGCAGCGUGAGCAGCACCGACGCAUUGAGCGAGACAGUCAGCACCUUGAACGACAGGUUCAGGUAGACACGGACGUUAGGUGGAUGCGCCGCACACGAUCACGCCAAGACACAUCCGUUGACAACAAUCCAGAGACAGAGGACUACUCAGAUGUGGUGCUCAGUAACCUGGCCGCCCAGAAUGAGGAGCACUUACCGCCGAUGGCACCGCAGUCACCAAGUGAAGAGGAAUCAUCAGCUGCUGCUGUUUUACAGGCGGUGAGCGACCUUGUGCAGCAUUUGGAUCCUGAAAUGCCGAGUCAUGACAAUGAUGUGGAGGAAGUGGAGGAAGUGGACGAAGAAACAUGAAUGGGCAUGCAUGUACAUCUCAGCUACAUCAUAACGAAAGGCAACUAAUCCGUCGAACUACAAACAAAUCGCCGUAGCCUUCUAGGAGGAGAACACCGUGUUCACUCGUCACGCGUACCAUACAGCCCAACCGGAGAAUGGCUGGUUGUGCUAACUUGAUCCCGCUUUAAAAACUAGCUGGCUGUCUCAGAGCUCCUUCUGCGUGUCAGCAAGCACGUCAUCAUCUUAAUCAUCUUAGAAUGAUUCAUCCAUCACUGCAUCAGCAAGUGUCGACCCUCAAGAUAAUAUAAUGAGACCAUCUGCAAUGUUGGCAAUAACAAAGCAAAAACAAAACAUCGAGAAUUCACUAGUGUUCACUAGUACUCACUAGUCGAGGGAAUGGAAGAAAUCAUUAUUUUUAUUUUAUAGUAAAGGAAAGGACCAAGGAACUACAAGUUACGCUGUAAUGUCCACUAACACCACCAGUUACUUUUAAAACAAUCAGCUCAUGCGAUAUCAUUGCAUGGCACUGACUGAUGGUACUGACGUUCUGCAACUAACUGGCUAUCAGCUCUAGCACAUCUUGGAUGCGCACUCCAACAGCCGUUCAACUUGGUUGAAAGUUUUAUGAUGAUAUAGGAGGGGAAGAUCAUAGCGCAACUUGUGGUUCCUAGGUCCUGUUUACAAAUUCAUCUUUGGCUCUGCAUGUGAGUCUAAUACUAUUAUCAUUAUUUUUUUUUAUCAUCAUCAUCAUCAUCAGCCUUUUCGCGUUGACAUCGCGAAGCAAGCUUGGCUAGUCUUCGCUUAUUUUUUUUUAUACCAUUUUCCUUAAAAGGAAAAUGAAGUUGAAGACA